ACAAAUUACUUUAGAUCAAUACUAUUAUUCUAUUAAAAUACUCGUGAAGUUACGAGAUUAGCCAAAGCACUGCCAUAUGUCGAAAGGCGACAAAACGCUAAAGUAUGAAAAUGUUAACGGUGUCAUGUUAUCACUCAAAGUGGACGGAAGGAACAGUUCGCCGAAAUCUAGACAAUUUACCAUAUCAUACAGCAGUAGCAACGAAGAAAGAAGAAGCAAUUGGUCUAUAAUUUCACUAAUAGUAGCUAUACUGGCUAAUAUUCUAUUUCUUAUUUAUGUGCGAAUUAAUUUGACUAUACUUGUAGUAAUAGUCACAGUUUUAUCAUUUUUAGUAUUCUUUUGGGUAACCCACAGCGUUCAGUCAGAGACACUUCUAGUCAUACCAACUGUGGGCAUACAAAGCUCAGUACAAUAUGUUGUUGGCCGGGAAGACAACUUUGUGCCAUGGACCAAAAUAGAUGACAUUAUUAUAAAUGAAGCUAUUAAGUUGAAUCGUGUUUUGUAUUUUCUCACAUUAUUAGUAAAAGUCAAUAGUGAAUAUGAACCAGUUAAAUUAAUACCAUUAUUUAAGUAUACCAAGCCAAGGCUUCUGAUGCUGGAGAGCAUAUACAAGGAGAUCCAGGACCUGCUAACAGAAGAAGCCAUUGGUGCUGGAGACAUAGGGGACUAAAUUAACAUAGAGGGUAAAAAAACAUCACCUGGGCAAUACAAUUUUUAAGCCCCCACGC